AGCGGCUCCUGGAAUUCCGGCUGCCGGGCUGGCGCCUCGUGCUUGGGAUCCCCCGCGUCCGGAGCGUCUUGUGCUUUUCGCUGCUCCGCUGCCUUUCUCUACGAAAUGGUGGAGUCUGGUAGGAGGACGAUCUUGGAACAAACGUGGUCCCUGAACUAGGCAUGCGGAGAUAGAGACAGAGGCAAGGUCUCAUGUGACAGUUGAGUCAAACCAUUUCUACUAUCCUGACUACCACCUCUUCUCUGAGCUGUCCAGGAGCUUCUAGCGUUUGACAGCAGCGUCUCCUCUUCUUGUUGCUGGGGUGCAGUUCAUCCUUUAGGAUCCCUGCUGAGUCUGUCUGAAGAGCCAGGUCCCAUUUUAGCUGUUCAAUAAGAGCAUCCUGAAGUUAACCUUCUUUGUGGAAGUGUGGGGAAAACAGCCAAGCUCUUCUGAAGGUUCUUGGAACAGAAGAAGGCACUUGCGAGCACCAUGCCCAAGUUUUAUUGUGAUUACUGUGAUACCUAUCUCACUCAUGAUUCUCCAUCUGUGAGGAAGACCCACUGCAGUGGAAGGAAGCACAAAGAGAAUGUGAGAGACUAUUAUCAAAAAUGGAUAGAAGAGCAAGCCCAGAGCCUGAUUGAUAAAACAACCACCGCAUUUCAGCAAGGAAGAAUUCCUCCCAAUCUUUUCUCGGCACCUCCACUAGGAGGGCCUAUGAUCCCACCUCCUCACCCUAGCAUGAUGGGGCCUCCCCCUCCUGGGAUGAUGCCUAUGGGGCCCCCUCCUGGCAUGAGGAUGCCCAUGGGAAGUCACAUGCCUAUGAUGCCUGGCCCUCCGAUGAUGAGACCCCUUCCCCAUCCCAUGAUGGUGCCCACUCGCCCAGCGAUGCCCAGACCAGACAGAUAAAAUAAAGGAAAUACAAGAAAGCCUAUUUCUUAAUUUUCAGUUUUUUGUUCUAUUUCACCAGAACAUCAUGGUGCUGGGCCUCAGAUAUGUUUUUUUUUUCUUUUUUUCCCCUUCCCUUUUAAAACAUUGACACUUUUCUGUCACUAUCACUUUCAGUGGUCUAAUCCUUCCCCUGCCCUUCAGUAUUUUCCUCCCCUAUGAUAAAUAAGCACAGUGAAGAAAAAAAGCAUAUUGAACAUGUCUAAAAAUUCUCCCUUUUUCUGCACCUAUAUAGUUUUAAUACCUCUCUGCCAAAGGAAAAGAAAGAAAAUUUCCUUUACCAGUCCUCUGAAGUCACAGUUGCAUAAUACAUUCAUUGAUCAGAGCUUUUAAGUCUGUCAGUGUUGUGUUCCUUAAUAUUAUGGUGGGUGUAAAUUGUUUUUCCUGUUUCUGCUUACUUUUCCUCUACCAUUAGUACAUAGACACCUUGAUGAAUUUCUCUAUUCCAUGUUCAUUUCUUACAGCACAAUAAUAUACCAUCACUUUUGUAUAUCUCAUAUAUUGUUUGAUGUUCUCAAUUGGUGGGUGUUGGUUUGCAGUUCUUUGCUACUACAAAAAGUGCUGCUUUUGAUAUUUUUGUAUAUAUGGAACCUGUCCCGCUAUCUUUGCCCUUUUUGGGUUAUAUAUCAAUAGUGGUAUCACUAUCAAAGAUGUGUGUUUUAGUGACUUUUUAGAGUAAUUCCAAAUCAUUUUUCAGAACUGUCAGACAAAUUCAUAGCUCCACCAAAAGUGCAUUAGUGUGCCUAUCUUUCCACAGUCCCUCCAACACUGACCAUUUUCCUCUUGUCAUCUUUCUUAAAAUUAUUUGUGUAAAGUGAAGCUUCAGAAUUUUACUUUGCAUUUCUCUUUUUAGAGAAUUGGAGCAUUCUGUCAUGAUUGCUGAUAGCUUGCCAGUUUGGGGUUUUUUGGGUUUUUUUGCUAACUGCCUCAGAGGUGGUUUCCAAACAUGUAAGAAGAAUUCCUACUUCCUGUCAAAGAAACUAUUUAAAAAGGAAGAGUGGGGCAGAAAUGUAGCUUAUAUUUGUAUUAUUUGUGACAUAUAAAAAUAAAAAAAAAUAAAUAUAAAUAAAAGUAUUAAUUGUUUUAGCAUUGAAAAAGUGUUGCUAUAAAUAUUUUGGGGUAUGUAAGAAAUUUCUUAGUAAUGCUUCUUUGGGGUUUGUUUAGUAAUUGAAUCUAUGGGUCAAAAGAUUCAGAAAUUUUAUUCACUUUAUUUGCAUAUUUCUGAACAACUUUCCAAGAUGGUUGUACUAAUUCACAACUUCCCCAACAAGGCACUAAUGUGUCUAAUUUUCCACAAUCCCUCUGACAUUGAGUAUUCCCAACUUUUGUUGUCUUUGACAAUUUUCCAAGUAUGAGGUGAAAUUGUAGAGUUGUUUUUUGUUGUUUUGUAUUUGUGUUUUGUUGAUUGUAUUUUUCUUAUUUUAAGUGAUUUGGAUCAUUUAAAAUAUAUUUCAAUAUAUUUUUAAUAGAUAGUGAUUCUUUACGGAAUUGUGUGAUCAUAUCCUUUAACCACUUGUCUAUUUGAGAAAGACUUUUUAUAUUUUGGAUAUCAAACCCCUAUCAGCGAAAUUUGAUACAAAGUUCUUUCCCAUUAAGUUACUUCCAUUCUUACCCAAGAUGCUUUGGUUAAUUUGUGAAGAAACUUUUCAGUUUCAUGUUAUUAAAAUGAUCUCUUUUAGACUCUUUAA